UAUAGACACAGACACACACACACUCACACACAAACACCAGGCAGCCGUCACAACACCACAGCGAGCCCGUCCUCUAUAUGACAACAGCCGGCCGCCACCAAACAUCACAACCACAGACGGCCUGCACACAGACACACGGACCCAGCAGCCAAUCAGACGGCACGAAAGCUUACAGAUUCUGCAGCUUCUUUGUUUUUUGGUUAAAUUUAACUUUCAGAUUUCCAUCAGGAUGUUUGGCCGGACUCUUCUGCUCGUCAGCGUUGCCGUUUUCUUCUGUGCAGAUGCAGAGGAUAAGUCCCGGCUCUACAGGAGGCCCUCCUGUGUGGGGACCAGUGUGUCUCAGGCGUGUCCUCUGAACUUCUCUCCGGUAUGCGGCAGCGAUGGCAACACCUACGCCAACGAGUGCUCUCUGUGCGUCCACAGGCUGGAGAAAAACGCCGACAUCUUGAUCGUGCGGGACGGACCUUGCUGAAGAUGACGUCAUCGCUGUCCUCCCAGACCGAUGACAUCAUCACGUGUAUAUUUACUUAGUUAGCAUGUAGCUGUUAGCGUGUAGCACACAGUUGCUGUGUUUUAUAUUUUCAUAUCUCUGUAAAGACGUUCAGAAAUCUUCUUUCAACAUUAAAGAUUUCCUUUUCUCUCCGA